GCCGUAAUAGGGGGGGAGAUAAAUAAUCUGGAGGCUCCCUUUCACACUAAGAGCCGUCCACCCCUCACAUCCAUCCAGCCCGCCUCUUCCCAUUCUUCAGAUUCUACUAAGAUUUAGCAAUACGGAAACCCUGACUUGCAGUUCCAAUUUUUCUUGCAGAUAUUUGGAAGCUUAGGGGAAAGGAAAGAGGCUGGCUUGGUUAUCUUGGUCUUGCGGUCUGAGGCGUUUCAACGAAGAUGAGAAUCGGGUGUUUGCAGUUUGCACCCCAGGUGGGCGAUGUUGACAACAAUCUGAACCGUGCCGAUGCAGUGCUUUCCAAAGCAAAUCCAGAGGAUCUGGACCUUCUUGUCUUGCCCGAGCUGGCGUUUUCUGGCUACAAUUUUAAGUCUCUGCAAGACAUCUCACCAUUUCUUGAGCCCUCAGGCUCGGGAAUCACUGCGCUAUGGGCUCGGACGAUGGCCUUGAAGUACAACUGCACCGUUCUUGUUGGAUACCCAGAGAAAGUCGACGUGUCUCCCAAAUGGCCCACAGGCCCCGAGUACUACAACUCGGCCAUCGUGGUGAAUGGUGAUGGGGAAACAAUCGCCAAUUAUCGGAAGUCUUUCCUUUACUACACAGAUGAGUCAUGGGCGUUAGAAGGGAAUCGUGGAUUCUACGAUGGAUAUAUUCCAGGACUCGGCAAUACUUCUAUUGGCAUCUGCAUGGAUAUCAAUCCCUAUAAAUUUGAAGCACCAUGGCACGCAUUCGAGUUCGCCUUUCAUGUACUUGAAGUCGAAUCUAAUCUCGUCAUUGUUUCCAUGGCAUGGAUGACCAGAGAGGACCGCCGCCACUACAGUCGAAUGCCCAAUGAGCCAGACAUGGAUACAUUGACAUAUUGGGUCACGCGAUUAGAACCACUUAUCCGCUCUAAUAAUGAAGACGAAAUCAUCGUCGUCUUCUGCAACCGCACUGGCGUCGAAGAUGAAGCAACAUACACUGGCACCAGUGCCGUUAUAGGCAUACAGGAGGGAGAAGUGAAAGUAUAUGGUCUGCUGGGGAGAGGUGAAAAAGACUUGCUGGUUGUGGACACGACCAACCCGCCUUAUGCCAAGAUGAUUUAUCGACCAGACGCCAGUGCUUUGAACAAACCUGUUGGCGCGCUCGAACUGCCUUCUCAUGCCAAUGGCCAGAGCUCAGUAUACACCAAGACACACCGUGUUAUUGAAGCUCUAGAUCCGUCUAUGACCCAGCAGUCGCCGCCUACCGAUACCUCGAUUCCCCCUCAAGUGUUGGAUACGACGAAAGGCAAACAGACAUCUCCACUCCAGUUGAUUGGGGAAACCCAGCAAAAAUCUUCCCCCAAGCAAACGGCAAAGCGACCAGCGCCUUCCAUCUCGAUUCCACCUCCAUUCGGAUCAGUGGACCAUAGCCAGACGACUAAUGCAGCAGAUGGCAAUAUUCCAACUCCUUCUGCCCCUAGUCCAACCCCCAUGGCUGUGCGUCCAAGACUUGUUAUUCCGCAGUCACCAACCUCGACACAAAAUCAGCAAACCUCUGAGGAUAACCUUCCAAGCGCAAUAUCCAUAAGAUCUGCAGAGUCGAUACAAUCAGUCAGGUCCAAUGAAUCAGAGGUCUCAACGCAAACAAUUCGUUCCAAUCCAAGACCGCCAGAAGAUAGCACACCAUAUCCUCACAGUGGCCUUCCCCUGAGCGGAUAUCCCUCAAACUCCUUCCAGAAUGAGUUUGAGCGACGUAUCUAUGGCGGCAAUGUGACCAUUAGCCAUGGGGCAGAUUCCUUCUCUCCGACAACUCCAUUUGCUGCAUCUACAACGUCGCCCCGCUGGUUUUGGCGACCACACGACAGCAUAAUCCGGACUCCAGUCGUCGGUGGAGAGUGGACUCCCAGUACGCCGGUUGGGCGGAAAGCAGAGCCCUUUCCAUGGGCAGCGAUCAAGAAUAUCACCCCCUCACCGAAUAUAACGAGCGAGAGUGAGAUCAUAAACGGAGGUCCGGUGCUACAGCAGACCAGAUCCCAAUAUUCACAGUCUCCAAGAUCGAACACGUCGUCCAACAGAACUGGAAAGUCAAAAUCGUCCACAGAGGCGCAGGCGCAGCGCGUAAAGUCCCCAAAUGGGAAGAAUCCUUCAAGACCCUCGUCACCAAAGUCACGGAAUGCCAGUCGCUCUGGGAUUAGAGGCAGAUCUGAUUCAUCACUAAGCCCGCAAAAUAUCCCGAGCGCAGUAUCGCAGCAUAUCGAGCAAAUUUCUCAACGAGCCGAGUCGAGAAAUAGACACAACACGGAUCAUCAUCAAACCGGGCUAGCUAUUGGCCGCCCUCCGUCUCUAAAUCUGGCAAACGAUGGCCAGCACAGUACUAGAGCAGAUUCUGCGAUGGAUCAUAUGAUACCCAUUGUUGCGAGUCCUAGUCUCUUGGGGCCUGGGACUCGAGCAUACAUCCCUACGCCCGUGGCGGUAGACUAUUACCGAAGUUCUACAAUUGGGAUAACUCCUCCUAAUGUGCAUUCACAGGUGUCUGAUGAUGGCUCUAAACUGGGAGGCUAUGGCAACAACAGUGUCAGUAGUCACCAAGCAUUCACCAACAAUGCAAAGCAAAAGUCGACAGCUUCUCCGCUCAACCGCGGCAUAACAAAGUCAGUACGCUCUGUAAGCAGAGGCCGUCAGCCUAAACGGAGAGCUGCAUCUACCGACGCAGCUAAAUUUGAUCCACAGUCUGAAAGGGCCACUUCUGCAGACUCCGUGAUAAAUACUAUACUGCACUCUAGAGUUGGAAAGCGACACUCUGACAAGGACUCACAACACCCACUUGAUGAUGGGAUGUCUCACACUGAAUGCCAACAUCAACACCCCCAGAGUGCCCAUGAUGAGUCGGAAUUUGAGAGAGUCGAGGUUAUUAGUUGUCCUAGUUGUCCGGUUCACGGUCGCCAAUCUGCUUCUACUAAUGGCUCCUCCAAACGGCUUUCUGAUCCAUCCGGCCAAAGAAGACACUCUAUCCGAGAUGCGACAUCGGAUUUCCACACUAACCGGAUUUAUGAUAUCACUGAUGGGCAGAGAGGAACGAGGAAAAUGGGACUGAAUCACGUUUUGACUCAACGGGCUGCUACCACAGACGCAUUGAUCGGAGCCAACGAUCAUAUCUCACAUUCUGCGGUGAAUGGGCAGAUGGGUAGAAGUGAUGCGCCAUUUGUCAAAACCACCAUCAACACUUCGUCUCCUAAGUCUGAGCCAAGGUCUGCAAAGUCGAAAUUUAAUCCUACUACACCAAGAGCAAUGAUGUUCCUUCCUGCGGAUACCUAUAUCGACAAAUUACCCAACACUGAGUUAGGGGAUGACGAACAAUUACCACCCUGGUUUACUGUUGAAAAGAGCGCGGGAAAGGCCGAAGCUGGCUUCAAAUCUUAACUCGGCAUAUUGACCAUCUUUACAAGCGUGCACCUAGUGAGGGGUUUCAUAUUAUUUGGACAUAAUCCACAGUUUUAUAACUAUAUAACAUCUUCUCAGAUACCCAAUGUAUAUCUAAAUUACUUGAUAUAUCCUCCCUUUUCUCAAUCCUUCUUAUCUUCGCAGGAACGACAGUGCCACUAAGCUUUGAGGCAACAAUACUUGGUAUCCAUACAUUACUGCACCCAUCUGUAUAAUCUGAGGUUUAGCAUACAUGGGUUUAUAGCCAUCUCUGGUGAAUUGAGUGCUUUGACCCAAGAAGAAUUUGACAUAAAGCCAGAGUAGAUAUUCCAUCAUCUCAGAAUAGAGGUAGAGUCGAUAAAUAAAGACCCACAUCAAUACCACAUCACUAGAUUUGAAAGCUUCGAAAUUCCAAUGAUCUGAGCCUGCC